AUGGAUAGAGACGAUGUUAUUUUAAACGAACAAAUAAAAUAUGAUCAUUUUAAUAGAUCAAUUGAAGAAGAGUAUAAAAAGAAAUUUUUACAAAAUAAUAAUGUAGACGAAUAUUUUGAUGAUACUACAUUUGUAGCAUCAAAUAAUAAAUCAGAAAAUAAAAAUACACAAAUAAAAGAAAAAAGUAAAAAAGAAAAAUUAUUUUUAUACAAAAUUAUAUCCCCUGUAAUAGAUUUAGGAAAACAUUUUUAUUCAUCAUUAACAUUAAUAUAUGAACCCAAGUUAUAUCACCUUUCUCUUUUUUUAACGUUGUUAUGGGGUUAUAAAAAUAUUAAAUAUAUAAAUAAAUUAUUAGUCCAUAAAUAUAAUGAUAUACAUUAUCAAAUAACUCGACCUGAUUCUUUAAAUAGUCGACACAAAGCUUUUAAAGUUUUAGCAAUAGGCGGAUCAAUCAUACCAUGUUCAGUUAUUGCACUUUCAAUAUAUGACAUGAAAAAAGAAAAAAAUAAUUCAAUGUUCAUAAAAAAUAUAGAAUCAACAUUUUCUCAACGGGAUACUAAUCCGCUCAUGCCAUACACAGUCAAAAGGAAUUUCUCCAAAAAGGUUCAAUGCUUAAAGGAAAGGCUCCUAUUUUUUGCUAAAGAUUUAGCGGAAAAUAAUAAUUUUAAAAAGUUGUCAAAAGAAUACCAUACUAAUAUUAACAAGCGACUAAACAGCCACUAUUUUAAAAAAGACAAAAUGAGUUAA